AUGCCCUGGUCGCCCCACGCCGCCCUCCUUCGGGACCUAAUCCUGGGCGUACUGGGUACUGUCGCCUUCCUGCUCGAUUUGGGCGCCGACCUGUGGGCGGCGGUUCAGUACGUGCUCAGCGGCCGCUACCUGUGGGCAGCGCUGGUGCUGGCGCUGCUGGGCCUCGCCUCGGCCGCGCUGCAGCUCUUCAGCUGGCUCUGGCUGCGCGCCGACGCCGCCGGCCUGCACAGGUCGCAGCCCUCCCGCCGCUGUCUGGCGCUGCUGCAUUUCCUACAGCUGGGCUACCUGUACAGGUGUGUGCAGGGGUUUCAGCAGGGCCUGUUGGCGUGGCGGCAGGAGGUGCCCUCAGAGUUUGACCUGGCCUAUGCCGACUUCCUCUCCAUGGACAUCAGCAUGCUGCGACUCUUUGAGACCUUCCUGGAGACGACACCGCAGCUGACGCUGGUGCUGGCCAUUGUAAUGCAGACUGGCAGGGCAGAGUACUACCAGUGGGCUGGCAUCUGCAUAUCCUUCCUAGGCAUCUCGUGGGCGCUGCUUGACUACCACCAGGCCUUGCGCACCUGCCUGCCCUCUAAGCACCCCCUUGGGCUGGGCUCCUCUGUGAUCUACUUCUUAUGGAACCUGCUGCUGCUGUGGCCCCGAGUCCUGGUCGUGGCCCUGUUCUCAGCCCUCUUCCCCCGCUAUGUGGUCCUCCACUUCCUGGGCCUGUGGCUGGUGCUGCUGCUCUGGGUCUGGCUACAGGGCACAGACUUUAUGGCAGACCCCUGCUUCGAGUGGCUGUACCGGGCAACAGUGGCCACCAUCCUCUAUUUCUCCUGGUUCAAUGUGGCUGAGGGCCGCACGCGAGGCCGGGCCACCAUUCACCUGAUGUUCCUCCUGAGUGACAGCAGUCUCCUGGUGGCCACCUGGGUGACUCAUAGCACCUGGCUACCCAGUGGGAUCCCACUGCAGAUACUGCUGUCCGUGGGUGCCUCCAGCUUCCUUCUGGGUCUCCUUCUGCGGCUUGUCUACUACAAUUGGCUACACCCGAGCUGCCGCUGGGAGCCUGACAGGGUGGACGGGGCCCGGGACCUCCUUAACCUUGAGGGACAUCAGCUGCCUCAGAAUGGGCGCAUGACCCGGUUGGCUCAGAACUUUUUCCUGAAAGCCAAGGAUGAAACCGCUUUCUUAGGGAAGGGAGAGGCGAAUGGGGUCCUUUGA